AUGGAACAAAUGAAGCUACACGAUUUGCAGCAGAAGUCUGCGCCCGAACUUGUGGAGUUCGCCGAAAGCCUUGAGGUCGAAAAUGCCAGUGUCCUGCGCAAGCAGGAGCUGAUGUUUGCCAUUCUCAAGCGUCUGGCCGCCGAUGAUAUCGAGAUCAUCGGCGAGGGCGUGGUCGAGGUGCUUCAGGACGGGUUCGGCUUUUUGCGGUCGGCAAGUGCGAAUUAUCUGCCUGGACCUGACGACAUCUAUAUCUCGCCAUCGCAGAUCCGGCGUUUUUCGCUGAAGACCGGCGAUACGGUCCAGGGCACGAUCCGUGCGCCCAAGGACGGGGAACGCUAUUUUGCGUUGCUCAAGGUCAACACGAUCAAUUUCGAAGACCCCGAGAAGAUCCGUCACAAGAGCCACUUCGACAAUCUGACGCCGCUUUAUCCCGACAGCCGCAUCAACAUGGAGGUCGAAAACGCCGAGACGAAGGAUUUGUCGGCGCGCGUGAUCGAUCUCGUCGCGCCGCUCGGCAAGGGCCAGCGCGGUCUGAUCGUCGCGCCGCCUCGCACCGGUAAAACGGUGCUUUUGCAGAACAUCGCCCAUUCGAUCACCGCCAAUCACCCCGAAUGCUAUCUGAUCGUGCUGCUGAUCGACGAGCGGCCCGAGGAAGUCACGGACAUGCAGCGUUCGGUGAAGGGCGAGGUCGUGUCGUCGACGUUCGAUGAGCCGGCAACCCGCCAUGUGCAGGUGGCCGAGAUGGUGAUCGAAAAGGCAAAGCGCCUUGUCGAGCAUGGACGCGAUGUCGUCAUCCUGCUCGAUUCGAUCACGCGGCUCGGCCGCGCGUACAACACUGUGGUCCCGUCCAGCGGCAAGGUUUUGACCGGCGGUGUCGAUGCCAAUGCAUUGCAGCGUCCCAAGCGCUUUUUCGGCGCGGCGCGCAAUAUCGAGGAAGGCGGGUCGCUGACGAUUAUCGCCACCGCUCUGAUCGAUACGGGCAGCCGCAUGGACGAGGUGAUCUUCGAAGAGUUCAAGGGAACGGGCAAUUCGGAAAUCGUGCUCGACCGGAAGGUCGCCGACAAACGCAUCUUCCCCUCCAUGGAUAUCCUCAAAUCGGGUACCCGCAAGGAAGACCUUCUGGUGCCGCGUUCGGACCUUCAGAAGAUCUUCGUGCUUCGGCGCAUUCUGUCGCCGAUGGGAACGACGGAUGCCAUCGAGUUCCUGAUCGACAAGCUGCGCCAGACCAAGAACAAUGGCGAAUUCUUCGAUUCCAUGAACGCCUGA